AUGGCGUCCGAAAUGCCCAUAUCAACUGUCUACGUCCACAACCUCGAGGAGCGAGUGAAGCCUGAAGUUCUCACGGAGGCGCUCAAGACCAUCUUUUCCGAGUUUGGAAAUGUGGUCGAUAUCGUGGCCAAGCGAAACCUCAAGGCCAAGGGGCAGGCAUUCGUCGUCUUUGACCAGCCCAGCGCCGCCCACAAUGCCGUCGAGGAGGUGGAAGGCUUCGAGCUCUUCGGCAAGCCCAUGAGGGUUGCCAUGGCCCGCAUGCAGAGCGAUAAAACCGUCGAGAUGCACGGCAGCAGCGAAGACCUAGAAGCUCACAAACGGCACAGGCAAGCGGAGAAGGAUAAACGCAAGGCGCUCGAGGCAGCAGACGAACAGAGGCAGCUCAAGAGGGCCGCUGCUGGCGCACCCGAAGCCCGACCAUCGAAAUCCGUCAAGCCUUCAGGCUUGAAAUCCACGAGUGCUCCCGCUUCGGCCGUUGUGCCAGACGAAUACUUGCCGCCGAACAAGAUCCUCUUCGUCCAGAACGUACCCGACGAGUACGAUGUCGAGGGUCUGACCGCCAUCUUUGGCCGGUUCGAUGGGUUCCGGGAAAUCAGACUGGUCCCAGGUCGCCGCGGUAUUGCGUUUGUUGAAUAUGAAAAUGAGCAGGGUGCUAUCACAGCCAAGGAAAACACUGCUGGCAUGACGCUGGGAGACAAACCGAUCAAGGUUACUUACCAGCGCCAAUAA